ACACUUUGCACCCGUAAAAAGCAUGGCGUUGACUCGCGGGCUUCUUCGCUUCAGACUGUCGUUUUGCACGCGCUCUACCGAUCCAGUCUGGACUAGACAACCUCAGUAUGCUCGCUGUGGUGUACUAGUGCGCGGUUUCGCCUCUCCGCCCACUAGCCAAGAUACAGAACCAGCUGCUGCGGACGUCGAGCAGAAUGAGCGGGCGCAGUGGACGCCCGAGUCUCGCAGAACAGGAGCCAUAGCGGUCAAACUGGGCAUGACGCAAAUGUGGAACGACCAGGGGCACCCUGUUCCAAUCACCGUUCUUCAGGUUCUUGACAAUCAAGUGGUGAACGUCAGGACAAAGGAUAAGGAGGGGUAUUGGGGCCUACAAGUGGGUGGAAUCAACCAUCCCAAACCCAAGAAUUUGCUAAAGCCGGUACUUGGUCAGUACCAAAGAGCUGAUGUCGUCCCGAAACGGAAACUCUGGGAGUUCAGAGUCACUGAAGAUGCGUUACUACCUGUCGGAACGUCCAUCUUUGCCUCCCAUUUUGUCUGUGGACAGUAUGUGGAUGUGUGUGCCAAGAGUAUUGGUAAAGGAUUCCAAGGUGUAAUGAAGAGACAUGGAAUGAAAGGUCAACCGGCCUCACAUGGACAGACAAAGACCCACAGAAAGAUGGGUGCUACCGGCGGGGGACAGGAUCCGGGCAGAAUUUGGCCAGGGAAGAGAAUGCCUGGACGAAUGGGAGGAAAACGAGUCACCACACCAAGUCUUCAGGUGGUGCGAAUUAAUCAACAGUUCAAUGUCCUCUACGUGCGAGGGGCCGUGCCGGGUCACGAAAACACCUUCGUUCGAGUGACAGACGCCAGGAGAAAGCCCCACUUGACUCCGCCCCCUUUCCCCACCUACUACCCAGAGCUGGACGUGAGGGAAGAGGGAGGAGAGGGCGAAGAACAGUUUUCUUCCAUCCACUUGCCCCACAGCGGCUCCAUAGAAUAUCCCAACAGAUACGCAGCUCAAUGAGAUUAGCCAGUGGAACAUUUACUUGUGUGUAUGUAGUAUCAUCGUUAUGUAUGUAUGCCAUUCUAUUUGACACGGAACUGUAAACCUGUCAUGUUUUAUUGAAACAUCUGGUGUGUUUUUUGACUUAUCGAGGUUCAAAUUUAGUUGUGGCUCAAUAAUUUUUACCAGUAUCCUAGUAUGCGUCUUCUAUAAUUGUAUAUAGUUGGAGGUAUUUGGGUGCGUUCGGCUAGAAAACUGAAU